CUUCACCCAAAAACGCACCAUGAUCGCCGUGCGUCUCAUAUCCAUGGCGUGUUUGUUAGCGUGUCUCGUGGCCGCCGGCUUGGACCCGUACGAAGUUCUCGGCGUGCCUCGUGACGCGGACGACCGAACCAUCAAAUCGCAGUAUAGGCAGUUGUCCAAGCAGUACCACCCGGACAAAAACCCCGAUCCCGAGGCGCACGAGCGGUUUCUCCAGGUCGGCGAAGCGUACGGGAUCCUCGACGACCCGCAAAAACGGGAGAAUUACGACAAGUACGGCGAUCCCGACGGCGGCGCGGGCCAACAGGGCGGGUUCAACGACAUUUUCAACCAGUUUUUCCACGGCGGCCACGCCGGGUUCGGCGGCCAGCGGCAACAGAGGCAGCAGCGUGGCGGUGACACGCAGGUGGUGGUGCGGCUCUCGCUCCAGGACUUCUACGUGGGCAAGGACUUGGAGUUCAGCGUCCAUAUGCUGAACAUUUGCGCCGCGUGCUCCGGCAGCGGCAGCGCGGACUCGAAGCGCAAGACGUGUGGCAAGUGCAGCGGCUCGGGCAUGUUCACGCAGACGGUGCAGUUUGGCCCGAUGAUCCAGCGUGUGCAGACCCCGUGUGACCAGUGCCAGGGCUCCGGCAGCACGAUAGCCAACAAGUGCCAGGCGUGUGGCGGCGCGCGCGUGCAGAAGGCGCCCAGGAACUACAGCGUGUUUGUGGCGCCAGGCACGCCGAAGGGCCACACGCACGUGCUCGAGGGCGAGGGCGACCAGAGCCCGGACUGGGUGCCGGGCAACUUGAACAUCCGGUUUGUGGAGGCCGAGCACGAGAACUGGGGCUUCCGCCGCGUGGGCGACCACCUCUACCGCACGGAGGUGCUCACGGCGCAGGAGGCCGGGGCGGGCGGGUGGCAGCGCGAGAUCCGCAUGUUUGACGACGAGGUCGUGACGCUCAGGCGCGACAAGGGCCACGCGGUGAUGGACGGCCAGGUGGAUAUCAUCAAGGGGCACGGCAUGCCACACGCGCACGACCACGACGAGUAUGGCCACUUGUAUGUGGACUACAAGGUCUUGCCCGUGGGGGCCGCAGCCUUGGAGAAGGACGAGUUGUAGGGACGGCUGGAGCUGCGGUCUUUUUUGGGGUGGCUAUAUGAUAGAGCGGCGGCUGGCGAAGGUUCCAGCCGGAGCGAUAGGCGAUGCAACGCAGUCGUUUGCGUGUCAUGAUGUGCGCCAAAACAGUACAUGGUGUAAGGCAGUGCGUGGCAGUAUAUGGCAAUGCAUGGCUAUACGUGGCAGUAUUUGGCAAUACAUGGCAAUGCAUGACAAUACAUGGCAGUAUAUGGCAAUGCAUGGCAAUGCGUGGUAGAUCUGUAGCUCAGAAGUAUUACACUGAAUUAUACUAUAGUUUUUACAUUAUAUGUGCUUAGCUCCUAUAGCUGCUCGUGC